AUGAUAUUUGCUGUGAAGAAGAUCAAUGAAGACCUCCAACUCUUACCUAAUAUCACCUUGGGCUUCAGAAUCUAUGAUAGCUAUGCUGGGGCACAGACAUAUUAUGCCACAAUGAAACUUUUCUCCAGUCAGAACAGAUUCAUUCCCAAUUACAAAUGUGGCAUCCUGAACAAACUUGUAUCGGUUGUUGGGACUAUUGAUCCUGGAAUCGCUUUUGGUAUGGUAGAUAUUUUAGACACUUACAAAGUUCCACAGUUCCCAACUGGCUCUUCUCCAAAUGAAAGCCCUUUCUACUACCACAUGGUUCCAGGUGAAGAAGUUUAUUACAGCGGGAUUAUUCAACUACUUUUGCACUUCAAGUGGACUUGGAUAGGGGUACUUGUGAAAGGACUUGGAGGAAAAUUUGAGCACCUAAUCUUUUCAAUGUUUUCUCUCCAUGGCAUCUGCAUUGCCUUCUUGGAACAGUUCAGAGCACUUUAUAUCACAAGUUUUUAUGAUGGGUUGAAAUCACUUGUGGAGACCUUUCAUCGUUUUAUUAACAGCAAAGCCAAUGCUGUCAUAAUCAAUGAUAAUUACCUUUAUAAUUUAAGAUGGUUGUUACAUCUACCUGAAAUGGAAUUAGUUUCUAUGAAUCCAAAAGGCAAGGUGUGGAUUGUGGCUUCCCAAAUGGGUCUUGCAUCAUUCUUUUAUCAGAAGAGCUGGGAUAUCCAAGUCCUCCAUGGUGCUCUGACCUUUGUAGCUUCCUCAAAUGAAGUUGCAGGAUUCCAACAUUUUCUCCACACCAGAAACCAUUUUUCAUCAAAAGAGGAUGGCUUUCUCAAAAAUGUGUGGGAGCAUGCAUUUGGCUGUUUAUUUCCAAAUCCAUCUGGGAAUGAAGAAACCCAGGAUGUCUGUACAGGGAAGGAGAAACUGGAAAGCCUUCCAGGGGCUUUUUUUGAAAUGAGGAUGACCAGUGAUAGUUACAGUGUAUACAAUGCAGUGUAUGCUGUGGCACAUGCUUUACAUGCCAUGAGGUUGGGCCAACAACAGCACAGGGGAAAGUUGAAUGGCAGGAAACUCAGUCUUCAGGAUCUCCAGCCAUGGCAGUUGGAAGAAGUAGAAGUUUCUAUCUGGUCUUUCAAGAUGAAAAUACUUCUUAGGCAACAAGGCACUCCCUUUGUGCUAGACAAAGUAAAACCCAUGAAUGCAGAGUGGGAUCAAAGCAUCUUCUACACUGCAAAUGACAGCAGCAGAAUGAUAUGCCUGGCUGUUGGGGAUGAAAUUUCCUUCACUGAGAAUGGAGAACUGGUCACAGGACUGGAUAUUGAGAACUGGGUCACAUUCCCAAACCAGUCCUUCCACCGCAUGAAAGUUGGGAAGCUGGAUCCCUUGGCUGCUGAAGACAAAAUGUUCACCAUUGAUGAGGAAGCCAUCACCUGGCCCAGCACUUUCAAUCAAACACUGCCUGUUUCAGUGUGUACCAAGGGCUGCCUCCCUGGCUAUUUCAGGAGAAAGCAGGAGGGGAAGCCAUUCUGCUGCUAUGAUUGCCUUCCAUGUCCCAAAGAGAAAAUGUCAAGCCAGAAGGAUGUGGAUGACUGCUCCUUAUGCCCAGAAGAUCAAUAUCCAAGCAAAGACCAAGAUUCAUGUAUUCCCAAGAAAAUAUCUUUCUUGUCCUAUGAAGAAUCAAUGGGAAUAAUUUUAGUCAUUCUGGCAUUUUCCUUUUCUUUCUGCACAGUUGUGGUGCUGGCAACAUUUUUGAAGUAUCACCAUACUCCCAUUGUCAAGGCCAAUAACCGAAAUCUCACCUACAUUCUGCUUGUUUCCCUCCUCCUCUGCUUCCUUUGCUCAUUGCAGUUCCUUGUUGCACCUGGCCAUAUAAUAUGUCUCUUCCGACAAAUUAGCUUUGGCAUCAUCUUCUCAGUGGCUGUGUCUUCUGUGCUGGCAAAAACCAUCACUGUGGUUUUGGCUUUCAUGGCUACCAAGCCAGGAUCCAGGAUGAGGAAGUGGGUGGGAAGAGGACUGGCCACCUCCAUUGUUCUUUCUUGUUCCCUGAUUCAGGCAGUCAUCUGUAUGGUGUGGCUGUUCACAUUUCCACCUUUCCCUGACAUUGACACCCAUUCAGAAAUUGAGGAAAUCAUCCUGCAGUGCAAUGAAGGCUCAGCUACCAUGUUCUACUGUGUCCUGGGCUACAUGGGCUUUCUGGCUGCUGCCAGUUUCACAGUAGCUUUUUUCUCCAGGAAGCUCCCCAGCAGUUUCAAUGAGGCCAGAUGUCUCACGUUCAGCAUGCUGAUCUUCUGCAGUGUGUGGCUCUCCUUUGUUCCCUCCUACCUGAGCACCAAAGGGAAAUACAUGGUGGCUGUGGAGGUUUUCUCCAUUUUGGCCUCUAGUGCUGGGUUGCUGGGCUGCAUAUAUUUUCCCAAAUGUUAUGUAGUCAUUUUUAGGCCAGAGCUAAACAACAGGGAACAACUCCUUAUGAAAAAACAUUAG